AUGGACAGACUCCAAUCUCACGGGCACCAUACCGAGGUACUUCUGGGCGAAGAAGGUUUAGAAAAAGGGCGCCCUUCCGGUCAGCAGGGCGGGGCCUUGGUCACCUACCUCCUGAACCACCCUGUAUUCUCCAAGGAGUAUAGACUCCGGGGAGUAACCCGGGACUCCUCUAAACCCGGCGCCCAAGAACUUGCUAAACGAAGUGUAGAGGUAGUUUCGGCGGACCUUAGCAAACCCGAGACUUUGCCACCAGUGGUCGAAGGAGCGCACGUCGUCUUCUCUGUAACCAACUUUUGGGACAACGCCAGUGCUGAAGUUGAGCAAGCGCAAGGCAAAGUCGUGGCAGACGCCGCCCGAGCCGCCGGCGUGACACAAUUUAUCUGGUCUUCGCUGCCAAGCAUCGAAAAGGAGACGGAAGGCCAAGUGACCAGCUACGAACACUUUGACAGCAAGGCCAAGGUAGAAGAGUACGUCCAACGCGAAAGCGCCCGGCUUCCCCCACCCACCAAGCUCCCGGACGGCACCAUCCGUCUCCCUUAUGCCUGGACAGAUGACCUCACGCUCCCGUACAUCGACAUCAACGACACGGGAAAAUAUCUCGGCCCCGCUCUACGAGACCCCGCCAAGUGGAACGGCAGGCAUGUGCUCGCCGCCACGGCGUUCUACUCUCUGAAGGAGAUUACCGAUACGUGGUCUCGCGUCACCGGCAAGACUGUGCGCUGCUCCACGCUCGACGAGCUGCCCCCUUCCACUGGGAGCUGGUUCGAGGAAAACCUUUCGCACAGAAAUCCGGUGGUGGGUGAGGUAGGCUACUUUGGCCCAUCAGGUCCCGCGGAGCUGCGCGAGCUGCACGCCGAGUUGGAUGAAGAGUUGAAUACUUGGGAGGAAUAUGUGAGGCAGAACGGCCCUUGGUUUAGAACUUAUCUUGAGUCUGCUGGAGUCUCGACCGGCGCUAAAGACAGGCAAGUCUCGAGGCGCUUGUCGCUUCCUAGGACAUUCAACGGGUCGUCCAUCCACCGCUUCGCAAUGGCAGCUCCCACCCCGAAGACAGGGGCCAUCAACGUCUACGCCCGAUGGCGACCACUCUCAGAAGACGAAUCAAAAUCCGGACAAGUAGAUCACGCAGCCGACACCAACGCCGAAUCCCUUUCCUCCAUCUCGAUAGACAAGAAAGGAGCGACAGACAAGCCCUGGAAAAGCCCACCAGCCUUCGCCGGCAUCUUCCAGCCCGACGACGUCAACGCCACAGUAUUCGCCUCCAUCGUCGCACCCGCCAUCCCCACCGUCCUGCGCGGCGGCACAUCCAGCUUCUUCGCCUACGGCCAUUCCGGCAGCGGCAAAACGCACACCAUUAUCGGCUACGACUACGCCGACGACGACCAGCUUGGCCUCUGCCUCGGCGCCGCGCAAGCUCUGUUUCGCGGCCUCGAGACGUCGUCCUCUGUCUCGGGGUGCGGUAGGCUAGGCAUCGGAUUCAGUCUCUUUGAGCUGCGCAAGAAGUCUGCCUUUGACCUGCUCGGAGGCCGCACCGAGUGCCAUAUUCGCGAGGGACCCGACGGCAGGACGCACAUCCGCGGGCCUACCGAGACCUUGGAGGAUGGCAAAGUGCGGGUCAGACCUAUUGUGCAGAGGGCGUGUUGGACGUUUGAGGGUCUCCGCCAAGAGUUGAUAGAGGCUCUGGGGAGGCGUUCGGUGGGUUCAUCGAGCGUGCACGAUCAGAGCUCGAGGACGCAUGCGGUGCUGGAGGUCGAGAUUAUUAACCAAGACCUCGUCGACGCGCGCAUGGCGCUCUACGACUGCCAUAUUGAGGAGCAGACCAAGGCCAUUGUCGCCGUCCCGGGCGGUGGCUGGGCCCCGAAUCCAGAGUACCAGGUAGACCAGGCGCGGAUCGACGCGGCGGAGGCGGAAAAGGCCGAGUACGAGGCCAAGUUGUCCGCCGCGGAAGACGAGAUCCAGAAGAUUGUCGCCGCCGCCGCGGGUGACGGUAUCGGAGGGAAAAUGGUCUUUAUCGACCUCGCGGGGGCCGAGUAUCACCAGGAAAAGGGCGCAGCACAGACGAAUAUCCCGAAGCAGACGCCCCAAGAGAAGCAGGAGGGUCGACAGAUCAACGCGGAUCUGCUGGCGCUGAAGGAGGUGAUGAGGGCCUGGUCGAAAAACUGCCGAGGGUGCCGUUUCGGUCUUCGGCGCUGA